AUGGAUUCAAGGAAUCCAUUGAAUCCCUAUAGUGAGUCCCCUAGUUAUAGCUAUCUUCUCCAUAGCCAAAACUUUCAGUAUGGAAGUUAUCCUUCUACUCAGUAUCCAUCCGAGAUACCUCCUUAUAGUUCACAACAACCUGACGGUCCACCUGAACGUGAAGACCCAGCAGUUGCCUCUAAGGAGAGAAGGCAAUGGACAGUUGAUGACGAGGUCGUCAUAAGUGCUUGGCUCAACACAUCUAAGGAUGCAAUGGUUGGGAAUGAACAAAAAUCAGGGACGUUCUGGAAACGUGUUGCUGAGUACUAUGAAUCUACUCCACAUGCUAAAGAGAGUGGUGAACCAAGAGAGUGGCUCCAUAUUAAGCAGAGGUGGCAGAAGAUUAAUGACAUCACCAACAAAUUUUGCGGUGCUUACUCGGCAGCGGAGAGACAGAUAACUUCUGGUCAGAGCAAGACUGACGUUUAA